AUGGAGAUGAGUUACAACUACGGCGGCAACGGCGAAGAGAGCUGUCCGUACGAGAAUGGGGUGAUGAUGACGAGAGACCCGAAGCCGAGGCUGAGGUGGACGCCGGAUCUUCACGACAGAUUUGUCGACGCCGUCACCAAGCUCGGUGGCCCUGACAAAGCGACUCCCAAAUCCGUGUUGAGGCUAAUGGGCUUGAAGGGAUUGACAUUGUACCAUUUGAAAAGCCAUUUGCAGUAUAGACUUGGACAGCAAACUCGGAAGCAAAACUCUUCAGAACAAGGCAGAGAGAACAACGGGGAUUCAUUUGUACAUUUUAGUAAUCAUCAUUCGACAGAGUCUACCACCAAAUCCUCGAGAGGUAACUCAGAACAAGGAACAAUUCCACUUUCGGAGGCAAUCAAGUGCCAGAUUGAAGUACAGAACAAAUUGCAAGAGCAACUUGAGGUUCAAAAGAAGUUGCAAAUGAGAAUAGAAGCCCAAGGGAAGUACUUACAAGCUAUAUUAGAGAAAGCUCAAAAGGGUCUCUCUGUUGACAUGAAGGGGCCGAUUACUGCAGAAACCACAAGAGCACAAUUGACAGACUUCAAUUUGGCUCUAUCAAACUUCAUGGAGAAUAUGAGCGAAGAAGAGAGAAGAGUAAGCAUGUUAGAGAUGAAUGAGGCUUAUAAGAAGAGCAAUGGUCCAACCUUCCAGAUUUAUGAGGAGGGGAAUAUUGCAGAAGAAAAUAAAGAUUCAAAGCUUAAGGUUGAGAGGGGUUCUAUACACUUUGACUUAAAUACUAAAGGUAGCUAUGAUUACGUUGGUUCAAAUGGAAAUGAAUUCGAACCAAGAUGCUUUCGGUUACAAGAUAGUUCACUUUGAUGGCAAGCAUGUAACACUUUGUUGCUGUUUAUAUUCUAUCCUAUAGUACAGGGGUGCUUAUAUUUUGUUAACACAAAAGAAAAGGCAAAAUGGUGCAGUUGUUGUCACUCCAUUGUGGUUGUACUUUAUGGUUUAAUCUGAGAUCUUACUAUACAUUUUAAUGGGAGUAUAAUAUACCAACAUCAGAGCACAGAUUCUGCAUAUAUAGAUUCGUUUUCGUUACACAUUGUGUGCCACUAAACUGUACCUUUUUUCGAAAUUAGACUAGUAACUUUUAUGUCGUUGCCAACAUUUACAUUGAAUUGUUUACAAAGCCUUCUGUGUGGACUCUGGAGUACAAUAAUUUUAUGCCUUUA